AUGGCGGCGCCGGUCCGCUUGGGCCGGAAGCGCCCGCUGCCGGUUUGCCCCAACCCGCUCUUCGUCCGCUGGCUGACCGAGUGGCGGGACGAGGCGGCCAGCAGGGGGCGCCGCACACAAUUCGUAUUUCAAAAGGCGCUGCGCUCGCUCCGGCGUUACCCGCUCCCCCUGCGCAGCGGCAAAGAAGCGAAGAUCCUGCGGCAUUUCGGGGACGGGCUGUGCCGGAUGCUGGACCAGCGGCUGCAGCAGCACCGGUCUUCGGGCGGUGAUCAUGCCCCAGAUUCACCUGGAGCUGAGAAUCCAGCCCCGGAAUGUCCACCUGCCGAAGUCCCGGAGGCCUCCGUGCCAGGCCCGUCCCAGCCCAAAGCGGGGCGCUCCGGCAGCUACUGGCCAGCCCGGCACUCGGGAGCACGGGCAGUGCUGCUGCUGCUCCACCGAGAACACCUGAGUCCCAGCGGCCACAGCUUCCUCACCAAGGAGGAGCUGCUGCAGAGGUGUGCCCAGGCGUUUCCUGGGGUGGCCCCCGGGAGCACUGGACCCUGGCCAGCCCUCCGCUCCCUUCUCCACAGGAACCUGGUCUGCAGGACACACCAGCCAGCCAGGUACUCACUGACCCCGCAGGGCCUGGAGCUGGCCCAGCAGCUGGCAGCGGCAGAGGGCCUGAGCUCACUGAGUGUGCGCGCUGGGUCGGAGGAGCCCUCUGGGGAGGAGCCAGAGGUGCCAGGACCGGCCUUGGCUGAGCUUGGCGCCAGGGAAGGCAGCGCCCAGCAGCCACCGCUGGAGCUGAGGCCUGGGGAGUACAGGGUGCUGUUGUGUGUGGAUGUUGGCGAGGCCAAGGGGGCGGGGCACAGGCCGGAGCUGCUGCGCCAGCUUCAGCGGCUGCGCGUGGCCCACGUGGUGCGCAAGCUGCACGUCGGGGACUUCGUGUGGGUGGCACAGGAGACCCGGCCCAGGGACCCAUCAAGACCCGGGGAACUCGUCCUGGACCACAUCGUGGAGCGCAAGCGGCUGGAUGACCUGUGCAGCAGCAUCAUCGACGGCCGCUUCCGGGAACAGAAGUUCCGGCUGAAGCGCUGUGGCCUGGGGCGCCGGGUGUACCUGGUGGAGGAGCACGGCUCGGCGCACGGCCUCAGCCUCCCCGAGAGCACGCUGCUGCAGGCCGUCACCAACACGCAGGUCAUCGACGGCUUCUUCGUGAAGCGCACGGCAGACAUCAGGGAGUCGGCUGCCUACCUGGCCCUCCUGACGCGGGGCCUGGAGAGGCUGUACCAGGGCCACACCCUAUGCAGUCGCCCCUGGGGAACCUCAGGGGACCCCGAGUCAGGAUCUGGGCCCACCCUGAGUCCUCUCUGCUCACUCCUCACCUUCAAUGACUUCAACGCGGGAGCCAUCAAAAACAAGGCCCAGUCUGUGAGGGAGGUUUUCGCCCGGCAGCUGAUGCAGGUCCGAGGCGUGAGCGGGGAGAAGGCAGCCGCCCUGGUGGAUCGGUACAGCACCCCUGCCAGCCUGCUGGCCGCCUACGAUGCCUGUGCCACCCCCAAGGAGCAGGAGAUGCUGCUGAGCACCAUCAAGUGUGGGCAGCUGCAGAGGAAUCUGGGACCCGCUCUGAGCAGGACCUUGUCCCAGCUCUACUGCAGCUACAGCCCCCUGACCUGA